UCAACAUGGCCGCGCAUUCGGUCGCUCAGAGGAAUCAUUUCCUGAUUCGACUACUUAUGUCUUAAAUACUGUCUGUCAACAGCUGCAGCUCUCGCUAAAUAUUCUCACUUUUCUGUGCCCGUAAACAAUGGCAUUUAAUGACAUACCCGUCGACACUUUAAAAAGAAAAAUAAAUGAACUUAAGCGGUUUCUCUCCAUAUCAUUAAGUAUCUCAAAUGCGCACACUGUGGACUUUUACACGCGUGAUGUUUGGAGCACGUUUAUGUGUGUGAAUCCAGAGGAAGUGUUGUGUGCUGUCAGUUCCACACAAAACAGCAUGAGGGCGAUAGAAGACAAGGAAAACACUACGUUUGGUUUCUGCAAUGCCUCAAAGAAGUUGGUGGACAUAUCAGCCCUGCUGAGGGCAGCGAAAUCCCACUGUUUACAAGGUCUGGGGGUCUGUAUGCAGCUGGAAGAUCUGAUGCAGAAUCUGAGACUGAUGACUAGAGACACUACUGCAGGACAGUCAUCAGACAAAGCAGUAACACCGGAUGAGUUUAUGAACUGUAAGAAGGCCCAUGAGGUGCAGGCAAUGUCUGAAGUUGUGGCUAGUUUGGCCAAAUACUGCCGAGUCAAACAGGUGAUAGACGUGGGUUCAGGGAAAGGCUACCUGUGCUCCUAUCUGUCCAUGCGGUUCAACCUGCAAGUGUUCGGGAUCGACUCCUCCAGCACCAACACACAUGGAGCUCAGGAGAGGAACAGGAAACUGAAGAAGUUCUCCAAAGCUUAUCAGAAACCAAACAAAGCCACUAGGAAGCAAACUUUGGACAGCGAGGAUGCGAGUAUACAACACAGCAGAAACUUUGAAAACAGUGAUGGCAUCAGAAACUUUAUUACUGAGGAAAAGGAAAGCUUUGAGGCUAGAGCGGAUAGCAGUUCUUUAUCAAAACAAGUCCCCAAUGAUUUAUCUGCUUCAGAUAAUGCUGGAGAAUGUCCAUUAGACCUGAAUGAUUCAGAUUCAGGAAGCAGCUUCCUCAGUAUGCUGUCUCUAGACGUCACAGAAGACGUCUCUCUCCGCGUCAACCACAGCCAGCUGAGUCUGGAGGAAAGAGAGAAGAGGAAGAGAGAGAAUCUGGAGAGGAAAGCUGGAGAAGGAAGGGGGAACAUCAGAGACGACGGCCUGUUUUCCCCUCUGACCUCAUAUGUCACCGCAGAAACUGAGCUCAAGACGCUGAUCACAGAGCUGGAGGAUGCAGUUCUGGUUGGUCUGCAUACGUGUGGAGAUUUGGCCCCCAGCACUCUGAGGAUGUUCGGGGCCAAACAGGAGCUGCGCGCCGUUUGCAGUGUGGGCUGCUGCUACCAUCUGCUCUCUGAAGAGUUUGAUCACGACAGACAGGGGUGUGUUGAUGGUGUGUGUGGUUUCCCUGUGAGUCAGUAUCUGAAGGCUCAGGAGUGUUUCUGUGGUCGAAAUGCACGGAUGUCAGCGUGUCUCGCUCUGGAGAGAGUGUCUGCUGGAGGAGGGCUGCCUAUGGAGUCACUUUUUUAUCGGGCGGUUCUUCAUGUUAUUUUACGAGAUCACUACGAUUGCUUUAAAAGUGAGAAACGUGUUGGGAACGUGUACUCCAAAGCCUCGUCGUUUGUGGACUAUGUCAGACGAGCGCUUAAGAAGCUGGAUCUGGAUGACACCAAACUAUCUGACAGUGACAUACAGAGCUAUCAUGAACACUACAGCCCCAGAAUGAAUGAGAUGGUGGCUUUCAACAUGUUGAAAGUCAUUUUGGCUCCCUGUAUAGAGGGUCUCAUCCUCCUUGACCGACUUUGCUACUUGAAAGAGCAGGACAAUGUGUCUCAUUCAGCGCUGGUCCAGCUCUUUGACCCUCUCCAGUCCCCGAGAUGUUAUGCAGUUGUUGGUAUAAAGGAAUCUACACUUUGAAGACCACAGUUAUAUCCCUGCUGUUUAGUGUAAUUUAUUGAUUUAAUUUUCAUUUAUUCUUUUGGUAAAACUUUGUUUUAAAUGUUUGUUAUUAAUGUUGUUUUUAAAGUCAAACUCAAAUUAACUCUUGCCAUUUUUUCAAACAAUAAAAAUGCAUUUUUAUUUAUGUAAUGAUAUUUUACAAAAAAUUAUGUAAAACAUAAAUUGUCAAAAUAGGGUUGUUCUCAGUAAAUUAAAAGCAGUUUUUCAGUCCAGCUGCUUCAAAGACCUGGCUGUAUUACUCUCCUGAUCGGUUCAGUUAUGAUGCACAACGGUUCGGUCUGUAGCUUAAAGUGGAAAGUUAUAGUGAUCAAUGUGACGAAGAACGUUGCUUUUAGUGUUCAUUAGUCUGACUGGUUUAUAAAUCAGUCUUAGCCUUAACUGAGCCACACGAGGACAUCAGUCACACUUGAGACGUCUUGUGCUUCCACUUAUUUAACACACCAUUAAUAUUAAUCAGGCAUUGAGCUCUUCAUUAUUUUCAGGCCAUUCCCCACAGACCAUUAUUCUCCUGUCCUAUGUUUUAGUUAAUAUUCAUAAAUGAAACACCUCGAGGUAGCUUUUGUUUUAGCCUGAUUGAUUCUUCAGUGUAGUUUUGCUUAAGACCCCUUUAAGAACUCACAAAGAGUUUGUUUCUCAUGCAUUUGUUUUACUUUCUCAUACUACUAUAUUUGGUGUUACUAUUUAUGUGUUUGUUUUUAGACUAAGAGGGAAUGUGGCUUUAUAGAGCUCCAAGAGAAAAUUCAAAGCCACCAAUUCUAACUGCAUGAAGUUUAUUGAUUAUGCACAUCGAUCUGUCAUAAUUGUUCAGCAAUAUGGUUUCAUAUGUGAUAAUUAUGCAGUUUCAAGUUUCAAGAUUAACAGAGCACUGUGACUGGGUGAUAAUUUUCUUUUAUUUUUUUUUUUGUGAAAAUCAGUGAAUUAAUGUUUUCAGCAUAGUAAUUAUAAGUCAUUAUUUAUUGAAUGCAAGCAGUUGUGGAAAAAAAUUGAGAACGUGUGUUCUUUCAGAGAAAGUAGGCCACAUAGCUUAGCUUAAGUCUACAUCAUUCCUGCUCUUAAUGAUUUUUCCUUCUUUAACAACACUACAUCAUUUAUCAUGGGUACCACUUCACCAGAACAAAGCCAGCUCUGCCAUUAUUUCUGAAAAAAAAAAAAAAAAGAUGAUAUUCGUGUGUCUGUGUGGAGAUGAGCAUGGCUACACAUUGACACUGCAGCUUGAACUUCACUGAAUGUGUUGGUACCAGUCUAAUGCUUCGCCAAUAAGAGUCCAUUGACCAGUCACAUAUGUUUCCCUUAUGAAUUCAUCUUCCAGCGGAUGUAUUGUGCCAUAUCCUGUUCUAUGUCUAAAUCAGAGAAAGGAAAAGCUUCAGGAUAAUGAUAUGAUGCACUCCAAAACAUCUCUCCGUGACAGAAAUAGCAGAGCGAUGGGAAACCAGCUUACUCACUCCCUUAUUUCCUGAAAUGUAGCUUUUUUUUUCUUCUUUGCAUGCAAAGGAGGCUGAGGAAAUGCUUCUCUAUCGUCACCAAGAAUGUCCAGCUACACUUUGAACGCAACAAGUUUCAUUUUUAGAACAUCAUCAUCAUCAUCAAAAAAAAAAAAGAUUUAAUUUUCUUCACCUAAAGCAGAAACAGUUGACUGAAUUUUUUACUAGUGAGGAGGAUAAUUUGUAUAAGACCCCUUUAAGAACUCACAAAGAGUUUGUUUCUCAUGCAUUUGUUUUACUUUCUCAUACUACUAUAUUUGGUGUUACUAUUUUCUGUGUUUGUUUUUAUACUAAGAGGGAAUGUGGCUUUAUAGAGCUCCAAGAGAAAAUUCAAAGCCACUAAUUCCAACUGCAUGAAGUUUAUUGAUGAUUAUGUAUACCGACCUGUCAUAAUUGUUCAGCAAUAUAGUUUCAUAUGUGAUAAUUAUGCAGUUUCAAGUACUCAGUAAAG